GAAGUCUAGGAAAAGGGCGGGCUCAACGAUCACGCAGCGCCGGUUGCUCGGGGGCGUGGGCCAACUCUGCGCAUGCGCCCUGGGGCGGUAGUGACCUGUUGCAGUGGAGGGCUCUCUGAUCUGGAUCUGGCCGCGUGAGCGAGGGGCCCUAGUCCCUCCUCCUCGCCUGGGGUGGUCGCAGGCUCCGCCUCGCCCGAGUGUCCGCCGGCGAUGGGCGGUUACGGGGAGGUUAAAGUGAAAAUACCUUUUGGAAAUAAAUAUUUAGAUGCCAUAUUUUCUGUCCCAGAGAGGAUAUCAACACACGGUGUGAUUCUUACCCAUGGAGCUGGAGGAGACAUGAAUUUCCCUCAUUUAGUUUCUUUGGUAACCUACCUUGCUUCUCAUGGAGUCUUGUGCCUGCGAUUUACCUGUAAAGGGCUUAACAUUACCUAUCGGACUAAAGCAUAUAAAAGAGUUGUGGAAUAUUUAAAGUCAUGUGGAGAAUAUACACUUUCUGGUGUCUUCCUUGGAGGUAGGUCCAUGGGUUCACGAGCUGCUGCCUCUGUUGUACGUCAGAUUAGCCAGGAUGACAGCAAUGAUGAAUUCAUUCAAGGUUUAAUAUGUUUGUCGUAUCCACUGCAUCGACCAAAGCUUCAGUCCAAACUUCGGGAUGAAGAUUUAUUUUUUAUCAGAUGCCCUGUGCUGUUUGUCUCGGGAUCAGAAGAUGAGAUGUGUGAAAGAAAAUUGUUGGAAGGUGUGGCAAGCAAAAUAAAAGUACCUAAAAAAAUCCAUUGGGUUGACAAAGCAAACCACGGCAUGUCUGUGAAAGGACGAACAGCAGAUGAUGUCAUGAUGGAAAUAAACACGGAGAUUUUUUCUUGGAUUCAAGAAAUCAUUGAGCAGGAAUGAAAAUAAUUUCCAGCAAUUAAAUAACAUCUGUUAUAUUAGCCUUCCCUAAAAUAUAAUUGAUUAGUAAAGGCUUGUUUAGCUGGCCAACACAGACAAAUACAAGUGAUUACUUAAUGAGUCCUGUUUGAUUCAGUAACUGUCAUGCUCAGUAUUUUUUUUAAGAAUGGAAAAAAAAAAUCAGUGGAAGGUUACCAAGGAGGACGUUUUUGAAAGGUCUCACAUGCAAAAUGCUCAGUAAUAAAACUUUUUUUCUGUGUUUCUA